AUGGGGGGGGAUUGUGGGGGGUGGUGGGUGGGGGGGGGGUUUGGUGGUUGGUGGAUGGUGGUGUGGUUUGGGUGUUUGGUUUGUGGUUUUUGUUUUUUGUGUGGUUUUGUGUGGUUGUGUAUUGUGUGGUUGUGGGGGUUGGUUUGUUUGUUUUUGGGGGGUGGGGUGGGGGGGUGGGGGUUGUGGGUUGGGGUGUGGGUGGGGGUGUUGUGUGGUGGUGGGUGGUGUGGAUGGGUGUGGGGGGGGGUGGUUGGGGUUGGGGGUUGGGUGGGUUUGGGGGGGGGGGGGUUUUGGUGGGGUGGUGUGGGGGGGGGUUCUGGGGUUGUGGUUUUUAUUGGGUUUUGGUUGGGUGGGUUUUGUGGGUUUGGGUUUUUGUGGGUGUUGUGGGGGGGGUGGGGGGGUUGGGGGGGGGGGGGGGGGGGGGGGGGGGGGGGGGGGGGGGGGGGGGGGGGGGGGGGGGGGGGGGGGGGGGGGGGGGGGGGGGGGGGUUGGGGGGUUGUUGGGUGGGUGGGGGGGGGGUGGGGUGGUGUUAGGGGGGGGGGGUUUUUGUGGGGGUGUGGGGGGUUGUGGGGGUGUUUUGGUGUUGGGUGGGGUGGGGGGGGGGUUUUGGGAUUUUGUGUUGUUUUUGUUGUUGUGUGUGUUUGGGUGUGGGUUGGGUGGUUGGUUGGUUUUUGUUGGGGUUUUGUGUGUGGGGGGGUGUGUGUAAUGGUUUUUUUGGGGUUGUUUUUUGGUAGGUGUGGUUGUGGUUGUGUGGGGGUGUUGUUUUUGUGUUGUGUGGUUGUGGGUUUUGUUGGUUUUUUGGUGUGGGGGUUUGUGUUGUGGGGUGGUAGUUGGGGGUUUGGUGGUGUUUGGUUUGUGGUGUGUGAUUUGUUGGGGUGGGGGUGGUGGUGUUGUUGGGUGUUUGGGGGUGUUUUGUGGGGGUUUGUAGGGGUUUGUUGUGUGUUGUGGUUUGGUGGGUGUGUUUUUUGUUUGGGGGGGGGGGGUAGGGGUGGUUUUUUGUGUUUUUGUUUGGUGGUUUGGGGGGGGGUUUUUUUUGUAUUUUGUUUUGGAUGUGUGGGAUUAAUGGGUUUUGAGGAUGAAGUGUGGUUGGAGGAGUAUGGUUUUUUUGGUUUUUUUUGGUUUUGUGGUUGGUUUUUUUUUGUUGUGUUGUUGGGUUGGUUGGGGUUGGGUAUAAUUUUGGGGUUUUUUUUAUGGGGUUGGGGUUUUUUUUUUGGGGUGGGGUGUGGGGGGGUGGGGUGGGUUUGGGUUGUUGUGUGGUGUUUGUUUGGGGGUGUUGUUGUGGUGAGUGUUGGUUUGGGUUGGGUUUUGGUUGGGGGGGUGGGUUGGGGUGGUUGUGGGGUGGGUGGGGGUUGGUUUUGGAGUGUUUGGUUUGUGGUGUUUAGGGGGGGUGUUGGGUGGGGGGGGUGUGGUGGGGGGGUGGUGUUGGGUGUGUGUGUUGUGUUUUUUGGGUUUUGUGGGGGGUUGGGGGUGGUUUGGGGUGUUUGGUUUGGGGGGUGGUGUUUGUUGGGGGUGUGUUUGUUGGGAUGGUUGUUUUUGUUGGUUGGGGUUUUGUGGUUUGUGUUGUGUUUGGUGUGUUUUGGGGGGGGUGGUUUGUUUUGGGGUUUGGUUUUUGUGGGUGGUGGGUUUGGGUUGGGGUUUGGGGGGGGUGUUUUGUUUUGGGGGGGGUUGGGGGGGUGGGGGUGGUGGGGUGUUUUGGGUGGUUGUAGGGGUUUGGUGUGUGUUGGGGGGGGGUGGGUGGUGUUUGUGUUUUUUUGUUGGGGGGGGGGUGGGUUUUUUGGUUGUGGUGGUGUGUGGGUUUGUGUUGGGUUUUUUUGUUUUGGUGUUGUUGUUGGGGGGGUGUGGGGGGGGGGGGGUGGGGGGGUGGGGUGGGUGUGUGUGUGGGGUGGGGGGGGGUGUGGGUUGGGUGGGGGGGGGUGUGUGGGGUUGGGGGUGGUGGGGGGGGGGUUUGUGGGGUGGGGGGGGGGUGUGUUGGGGGUGGGGGGGGGGGGGUUUGGGGGGGGGGUGGGGGGGGGUGGGGUGUUGGGUUGGGGGUUUUUGGGGUGUGUGGGGGGGGGAGGUGGGGGGGGGGGGUGGUGGGUGUGUGUGUUGUGGUUGUGUGGGUUUUGUGGGGGGUUGGGGUGGUUUGGUGGUUUGUUUUGGUGGUGUGGGGUUGGGGUUGUGGUUGGGUUGGUUGGUUUUGUGGGGUGUGUGGGGGUGUUUGGUUGGUGUGGGGUUGGUGUUGGGGGUUGGGUUGGUGGGUGUUGGUUGUGGGGUUGUUGGGUUGGGGGGGGGGGGGGUGGUUGUUUGGGGGUGGGUUUUGUUGUAGGUGUGGGUGUUUGUGUUGGGGGUUGUGGUUGGUGGUGUUUUUGGUGUGGGUGGUGUUUGGGUUUUGGGGUUUUGGUUGGUUUGUGGGUGUGGUUGGGGGGUGGGUUGUGUUGGUGGUUGGGUGGUGGUGUUUGUUUGUGUUGUGGGGGGGGGGUGUUGUUGGUUGGGGGGGUGGGUGGGGGUGGUUGGUUUUGGGGGGGGGGGUGUGGUUUUGGGGGGGGGGGGGUGUUGGUGUGUUUGGUGUUGGGUGUGGUGGGUGGGGUUUGUGUGGUGUGUGUUGGUGGGUGGUGGGUGUUGGUGGUUGGGUGUUGGUUGGUUGUGUUUGUUUGGGUGGGGGGUGGGUGGGGGGGGUGGGGGGUGGGGGGGGGGUGGUGGGGGUUGUUGGGUUUUUUGUUUUGGUGGGGGGGGGGGGGGGGGGGGGGGUGUGGUGUGGUGGUGGGGGGGUGGGGUGGGGUGGUUGUUGGUUGGGUGUUUGGGUGUGGGUUGUGUUGUUGUUGUUGGGGGGUGGGUGGUUGUGUGGUGGGGUGUUUAGAGGGUUUUUUGUUGUGUUGGGGGGUUGUUGGGGGUUGUGUUUUGGUGUUUUUGUUUGAUUUUUGGUUUUUGGGUGUGGGUGAUUUGGGGGGUGUGGUGUGGGGUUUUUUUUGUUUGGUUUUGGGGUUGUGUUUGGUUUGUGAUGUGGGGUUUUGGUUGUUGGUUGGUUGGUGUUUUUUUGUUUUUGGGUGUGUUUUGGGGGGGUUUUGUAUUAUGAAGAGGGAUAGGAUGGUUGUAUUGGAGAAAGGUUGGGUAGGAUUUUGGUGUUUAGGGUUAGUAGUGAGUGGAGAUGAGGAUGGGAUGUUUGUGUUGUUGGUUUGUUGUUGGUUGUGUAUUGUGUUUGUAGUGUUGUUUGGGUGUUUGGAUUUUUGUUGUUUGUUUGGGGUUUUGAGGAGGUGUGUGUAUUGGUGUUUUGUGGGUUGUUAUUUUUGGUGUUGGGGUUGUUUUGAUGUUUUGUUUUGGUGUGGGUUUUUUUUUUUGGUUUGGGGUUUGUGUGUUGGUGUGUUUGUUUUUUUUUUGGUGGUUGUUGGUGUUUGUUUUUUUUUUGUUUGGUAUGAGUGUGGUUUGGUGUGGUGGUUUUGGUUGGGGGAGGGUUGGGGGGGUGGGGGGGGGUGGGUGUUGGUGUGUGUGUGUUGUUGUUUUUGUUGGGGUGGGUUGGGGUUGGGUUGGUUUGGUUGUGGUUUUGGGUUUUUGGUGUUGGUUUUGGGUGUGUGGGGGGUGUGGGGUUUGGGUGGUGGGGGGGGUGUGUUUGUGGUGUGGUUGUUUUUGGGUGGGGUUGUGGGUGUGGGUUGUUGGGGGUUGUUGUGUGGUUGUGUGGGGUGA